CCUCACCUCAAUCCCAACACACAACGCACACAUUACAACUCAAAUCCCCCCCCCGCCUGACACACACUACACUCCCGAAUCCACCCCAAGCGAUUCUCAAUACGAUACGCCAGGAACCUCCCCUCAGAAAAUGUCCCUCCAAACCCCCCGCGUCCUCCCCGCCCACCUCCACGCCUUCCACCCCUCCUCUUCGACCACCAGCAAACACACCGUCCGCAUCCUGGGCACCGUCUCCGCCCUGCGCGGCGACACCGCCACCCUCACCUGCGGCGGCGCCGGCGACGUCACGAUCAUCCUCAAGCCCGACUCGCAUCUGCAGAUGGGCAAGCUGGUUGAGGUCAUUGGGAAGGUGACGGAUUUGAAUGAGGGGGGCAUUGGGAUCCGAUUGCUCGGCAGUACGGAUCUGGGCGAUCCGGCGGAUUGUGAUUACAAGAUCUAUGAGCAGGUCGUCAACGCCACGCAUAAGCUCAAGUCGAUUUUCUAUGAUUCGAAUGAGUAGUUCGGUAAAGGUGGCGGGCUGGUGAUGAGGAUGAGAAUCAGGAUGGUGUGAUAUACCCCGGUUGCGGUUUGAGGAUUGGAAGGGAGAGUGGAUGUGGUUGACGUUGUUGUUUAAUGAAUUAAAUGUUAUUGUUGUGUUUAUUCAGGUGGAAGGAGGGUAGUAGGUGUAAGCCUGCCCAGGUCAG